GCGGUAGCGCCCAGGUGGCCCCCCCUCCACCUGGCAUCGCCCGGCCGUGCCCCUUCUGUGGAAAGUCCUUCCGGCGCAGCGACCACCUCCGCAGCCACAUCCGGACGCACACCGGCGAGAAGCCCUUCGCAUGUCCCGUGUGCCCGUAUCGCGCCGCGCAGAAGAUUACCAUGGACCGCCACGUUCGCAGGCACCACAUUCAGCAACAGCAGCAGCAGUUGCAACAGCAGCAGCAGCAACAGCAGUUGCAGCAGCAAGACUAAGAGCGGAACGGCGUGGCCUGGGAGGGCGCGAGGUGGGCGUGGGCGCCUUCUCGCUGACGCGGGCGCUGCGCAGCGCCUCCAACAGCGACGACGGCCUGGGCAUCGUGGGCUCGGCGCUGCACCUGGCCGCGGGCGUGGGCGCCGACGGGCUCACGUGCCCCUUCUGCGGGCGGCGCAGCAAGCGGCGCGACCACCUGCGGCUGCACAUCCGCACGCACACCGGCGAGAAGCCCUACCGCUGCCCCUACUGCGACCGCCGCACCAACCAGAAGAACAACCUCAAGCUGCACAUCAGGAACGUGCAUCCGGGCCAGCCAGCGGACUUCUGAGACGGGCGCGCGCGCGCUCACUCGCUCUCUCUCCCUCUCUCCCGCCCCCCCCCCCCUCUCUCUCUCUCUCUCUCUCUCUCUCUCUCUCU